GGAAUACAACGUCAAUACCGGCUCAAAAAAGUAGAUCGAUCAAAUUCAAAUUUGCUGUUUCGGACCCAGACAGCUGUUCUAUUUUCGGCGAAUAUCUUUCUGUUUAUUGAACAUCUGUGUCAACGCUUUCGGGACUAAUGAUGGAGAUGCGAGAUGAGAUGGGUGCGAAAAUCGAACCAAAAAAAAAAGCACAAUCGGUACAUUGCUUAAUUCUAUCCAAGUAUACCAAAAUCUGCCCGAAUUUGAUUAGAAAGACUCGGUUAAAAUGGACACAGAAAAACAUGUCGAGCUCUUGGUACUCGAUGCCACGCCCUUGAUCACACAAUCCGCCUCUGCAUUGCAGCAGUACGCCGUAAGACAUUUCACGACACCCGGAGUAAAGGCAGAGUUAAGAGACGACAAUGCCCGGAAUCAGCUACUUCUUUGGGGUGACAAGCUUGAAGUGAGGCAGCCCAAACAGGUUUUUAUCGAUAAGGUGAGUGCGUUCGCAAAAUUGACCGGCGACUAUUCGGUGCUUUCGAUGAACGAUAUCCAUAUUAUUGCCUUGGCCUACGAGUUGGAGCAUGAGAAGAACGGCGACGCCACGUUAAGAAAGUUCCCCGGAGAAAAGCUCGGGGGAGAUGACGAAAAAGAGAAGUUGCACAAGCGCAAGCCCAGAUUCCAGAAAAACGAAGCCGAGGAUUCGAAACAAGAUGCUGGAGAAGCGCAAGAAGAUGUGGAGCAAGACGAUGACGGAUUUCAGGUCGUGACAAGAAAACACAGAAAGACCAGCUGGAAACAGCGAAGGAGACCUCAGAACAGCCAUGUCGAAGCGAAAGCACCCGUGACCGAGCAAGUCAAUCAGGCUGUCCAAAAGAGUGAACACAGCAUCUCAGAACCUUCAGAAGAAAACAAGGACAUAGAGUCUUCUAAUGAGACACCUCAGCCCCAGGAUUUUGACAAUGUCGAAGCUGCCGACGAAACGGGAGACGGCGAUAGUUCAGAGGAGGACGAUGACGGAGACUGGAUCACCCCCGGAAACCUCCAGGAAACGAUUAUGAAGGACAAAAACGAGACUGUGCGUGAUGCGCCGAUCGAGAAAGACGCUCAAAUUGCAGUCGCCAUCACCACGGGCGACUUUGCCUGCCAGAACGUGUCGAUGCAAAUUGGCUUGAAGCUCAUGAACCAUCUUUCGGGGAAACAGAUCAAGAGCGUGAAGAACUUCAUGUACCGGUGCCAUGCAUGCUUCAAAAUGACGCCCAUGCACAAGCUGGGCGAGAGAAAGCAUUUCUGUCCCAAAUGUGGCGGAGACACCAUGAUUAGGUGUGCGGUUUCGAUCGACAAUGUCACAGGCAAGAUCACGCCGCAUCUCAAGAAAAACUUCAAGUGGAUCACUCGGGGCCAGGUGUACUCAAUGGCUUCCCCGUUGAGUAAGAACACCCAGAAGAAGCAGGGAAACGGUGGGCACCAGCACAACAAGGAAAACAGACACAAGGAUUUGCAGGAGCCUGUGAUUCUACGGGAGGAUCAGCGUGAGUACGCAGACGCCAUCAAGGAAGACGCGUGGCGCCGUCGGAAAAGUGAGAAAAUGCUCCAGGAGUUUGUGGGCGGAGGCAGUGCGGACAACAUCAUCUCGCCAUUUGGUGCGUCCAACAGAUCCAGUGGCGUCAGGGUCGGCAGGGGCCGGAAUGCCAACGCGGCCAAGGGAAAGCGAAAGUAAGCCGACGAGAUUCUGCAUAUCAUAUAGAAGGCCGAGAGGCCUGCGUGUACGGUAUCUGUGAAUACAGCUUGUGGCGACGUUGUGGAGGAGCAGGCGAUUAGGAGACGGUGUUCCAGAAGCCAGGAAUGAAAUCUCGGAGGUGGCAGGAGCCAUGUAGUGAGCGUGAAAGGGCUUGGGUUGAUUGUGGAAGCAUCUGAUGUUUCCAUGAGGCCGUUGGAGGGCGACGCAACUUUUCUUGUCAGACCCUACCAGUAUUUUUCGUAUGAAUAGUUGAUAGACGGCGGCAUUCAGAUGAUUACGGUGCAUGAAUGCACGUCUACGUAGGGGGUAUAAUUUCAAGUAAUGUUCCGAGGAACGCCA